AUGCGGGGCAACGCAGUGCUGCCGGGCAGCCCGGGGCGGGACGGCCAGUUCGCGUCCCGCUGGACAGCGGCGGUGCGUGUGUUCGACACGUUCAACCGGAUGGACAUUGAGGCGGAGGAGGGUCUGCGGAAGCGCAUGGCGGUGACGGUCGCGCAGGUGUUCAACCCGGUGCUGAGCAAGCUCGAGGAGGGCGUCAAGCGGCUGCAGGAGCGGCACGCGCAGCUGGUGCAGUCGCCGCGGCCGCUGGCGCUCGACAACACGUCGCGGCUGUCGAGCCCGGCGCAGGCGGGGCCAGGCCCGAGCGCGGCGGAGCGGAGCGGCGUGAGCGACGUGUCGCGCAGCAGCCGGGCGGUGCGCAGCUUGGGGCCGUCCUUCUCCCAGAACGCGAGCCCCGUGGUCGCCGCGCAGACGACGGCGGGUGCGCGGAGUGGCACGUUGCAUGAUAGUGUGCUGUCGGGGGGCACGCGCGUGGUGCCCAGCGGGGGCGUGACGGGGAAUCUGCAGGCGUCGAUACCGGUCGUGGUCAUGACGCAGGACCAGGCCAGCCAGCUCAGCAUCACGGCGUGA